AUGGAUGUAUCCGGCCAAAACGACCCAACUGGGCUUCUUGUAGGAGCUGGAGUUCCAGCAUUCAAGUGUCCCCCCGGGACAAAAAUGCACAUAUUGGACCUGGGAACCCUCCAAGCCGAUGAAUCUUGGAUCCUGCGAGGAAGAAACACCAGCUCCCUAAGCAAUCUCAACCCCGAGAAUAAACGGCGCGACCUGGUCCUCCUCUCCGCGCUGAUUGACUACCCCGGCGUAGGGUUGAUCUUGUUUGAGACUGGGUGUGCCGAGGAUUUGGAUGUGAAAUGGGGCGCCCCCCUAACAGACGUCUUCCCCCGAGUCAAAUACACCGAGAACAACAAACUCCCCGCCGCAAUAAAAUCCACCGGCCACGACAUCAAAGACGUCAAAGCCGUGAUCCUGGGGCAUCUGCAUCUGGACCACGCCGGUGGUCUUGAGCACUUCUUACACACCGACGUGCCCAUCUACGUGCACGAAGAAGAAUUCAAGCACGCCUGUUGGGCCGUGGCCACGGGUGCCGAUCUCGGCGUGUACUUGGGACACUAUAUGCUGCUUGAAGAACUCAACUGGAAUACGUUUACGGAUUCGACGCUUGAACUGUUUCAGGGGAUUACGCUGCAUCAUUCGCCCGGGCAUACACCGGGCUUGUGUAUGAUGCAGGUGAACCUGGCGCGCGAUGGGGUGUUUCUGUGGACGACGGAUCAGUUCCAUGUCAAGGAGAACUAUGAGGAGGGGCAUCCGCAUGGGGGAUUGGCGAGAGAUCAUACGGCGUGGUAUAGAAGUUUGCAGUUGGCGAGGAGGUUGGUGAGAAUGUUCAAUGCGAGGCUGGUGUUUGGGCAUGAUAUGGAUGUGGCGGCGGCGCUGAUGAGUGAGAAGCCGUUCUAUCAGUAA